AUGACAGUGACAGCUAAGUUGCUCACCGCUGCCGAGCAGAUCAGCAGUAUCAAAUCUCUCCAGGGCGCACCUGUGCUCAUGAAGCAGUCAUCGAUGCCCAAUCUGACUUAUCGCGAGCUCUUCGAACUAUCAGUGGCGCAAGGCAUCAGUCUACUCGUCGCACUCCUCAUUACAGCGCUCUUCAAUCCGACCAUCUCGCUCGCGCUAUGUUUCUGCGGCGUCAUCAAGCCUACGCGCGCUGUCAUCUUGUCCACUGCCCAAUUUGUGGCUGCCAUCGCCGGUGCUGCACUUGUGGCCGGCCUGACCGCCUCGAGCGGGGUCGACUCGGUCGUUGCGCGGAGUCACGAAGCGAUCGGAUUGGCGCAGGCCGUGUUUAUCGAGUCAACACUCACAACCAUCUUCGUCCUCGCAGUGUUAUUCCAAACUGCCGAACCUGUCUCAAGCCAUCGCACUGCAACAAGUGUUGCCCUGGCCUACACAGGCUGCCUCCUGCCUGCCAUAUAUUGGACUGCGACCUCACUCAACCCAGCUCGCACGCUCGCGACUGCACUGAUCUCAAAUGACUGGCCAAUCGAAACCUGGACAUACAUACUCGGCGACGUCAUAGGCGUCAUCGUAGCCUGUGUCCUACGCCGGGCGUUAGUCGCCGUAUCGCCCUACACCUCACUCUUACUUGUCGAGCGUGUACCAGCAGAGCAGAUCAGUAAAACCAGAGCGCAGAUGCGCUCAACACGAUUGACACACUUGCAACGGACCGCUUUGCUUGCCGCUGGCACGACGGUCGAUCUUCUCGAUCAAGCAGAACGUGCUCUGACCGAAGCCACCCUGUCGUCACCUCUGCACGACGAGGCACGCGACUCGACAGGAGCAACACGGGAAUCGGCCCCUUCUCCACCGAUCACUGGAGCACCAACGGAACAGGUGAAGCUCCUACCUGCGCCAGACAUUGACAUGCAGCAGCCCAUCAGCUCGCCAGCUCGUCAAGGGCUGACUGAGGUCAUGCCGACCGAUGUCGAACGGGAUCGACUGAGCAUAGAGCUUCGGUCGGACGUACUGUCUACCAUCUCAGAAAAGACGGCCGAGCAGGUUUAG